GUAAUCGAUAUCGAUUCUCCGCUCCGCCCAAUUGGGCUCAUCCCAUACAGUAAAAUCUCGGUCAGUCGCGUUCGGAUUGCACAUUUUCGGUUUGUUUGCUUACCCAGCGCAUAUGUUUGCUGACCACCCCGCGCUGGUGCGAGUUGAGCCACGUCGGGACUAGGAUGAUGCCAUAGAUUCCUUGGCGGGCCAGGCACAGUCACUGCAAGAACAAUUCGCACGGGAGGAGGACGAACGGGGCCGUACAGGGUGCUCCCUGCGAAAUGGGUCGCAACAACUUCGGGACGCAGCACCAGCAGACAAAUGUGAGGCGCCAUCGCAAUGCUGGCGGUGCCGCAGCAAAAUCAUCCAACGCAGCCAAACCCUCGCCAACAAUGACGGACUACCUGUCGCUGCACUCGCGACUCGCCCAGGUGGGCCAGGAGCACCUGGUGAAGUUCUGGCCGGAGCUCUCAAACGAAGAGCGCGUCGAACUGGUGCGGGACAUCGAGGAGCUGAAUCUGGAUGAGAUCAAGAAGUACUUCGAUCGGGCCACGGUCUCGAUGAACGAGAAUGGCAUUAAGCUGGACGAUCGCCUGCAGCCGCUGCCCGAGGGCAAGCUGAUCUCCAUUGCCAGGACGCCGUUGGAGCAGUUGGCCGUCUACCGGGAUGAGGGUCUCCGGCAGAUCAGCAACGGACAUGUCGCUGUGUUGCUAAUGGCGGGCGGACAAGGCACACGACUUGGCUUCGACCAUCCCAAGGGAAUGUACGACGUGGGUCUGCAGUCGCGGAAGACUCUGUUCCGCAUUCAGGCCGAGCGGAUCCUGAAGCUGGAGGAGCUUGCCCAGGAGGCGAGUGGCAAGCGUGGUCACAUCACCUGGUACAUAAUGACGUCGGAGCACACGGUGCAGCCCACUUACGACUACUUUGUGGCCAACAACUUCUUUGGCUUGAAGGCGGAGAACGUGCUGCUGUUCGAGCAGGGAUCGCUGCCGUGCUUCGAAUACGAUGGACGCAUCAUUCUGGACGAGAAGCACCGAGUGGCGCGAGCACCCGACGGUAACGGAGGCAUCUACAGAGCGAUGAAACGCCAGGGGAUACUGGACGACAUGCAGAAGCGGGGUGUAUUGUAUCUGCACGCCCACAGCGUGGACAACAUCCUGACUAAGGUGGCCGACCCCGUGUUCAUCGGCUACUGCGUGCAGGAGAAGGCCGACUGCGCCGCUAAGGUGGUGGAGAAGGCGGCGCCCAACGAGGCCGUCGGUGUGGUGGCCAUUGUCGAUGGCAAAUACCAGGUGGUGGAGUACAGCGAGAUCUCGGCCAAGACAGCAGAGAUGCGCAAUUCGGACGGCCGGCUGACCUUCAGUGCUGGCAACAUAUGCAACCAUUUCUUCAGCUCCAGCUUCCUGCAGAAGAUCGGCAGCACGUUCGAGCAGGAGCUCAAACUGCACGUGGCCAAAAAGAAGAUUCCCUUCGUCGACAACGCCGGCAAGCGGCUGACCCCCGACAAGCCGAACGGAAUCAAGAUUGAGAAGUUCGUUUUCGAUGUGUUCGAGUUCGCCCAGAAGUUCGUGGCCAUGGAAGUGCCUCGCGACGAGGAGUUCAGUGCCCUGAAGAACUCCGAUGUGGCUGGCAAGGAUUGCCCCAGCACUGCCAGGUCGGACCUGCAUCGACUGCACAAGAAGUAUAUCGAAAGCGCCGGCGGCAUCGUGCAUGGUGAUGUCUGUGAGAUCUCGCCGUUCGUCACGUACGCCGGGGAGAAUCUCGCCUCGCAGGUUGAGGGCAAGUCGUUCACCAGCCCCGUCUACCUCCGGGACACCCGCGACCCCCUGCACGGACACCUCUAAUCCGGGUGUAGCAUCGACCCAUAGACUGAUGGACGGAUGGUAGUUGUUUCGGUUACUUGUACAUUUUUCGUUUACCGUCUUUGAACGUCAUGAUUCCCAAACUAAUAGUUAGCACACGGAAAUUCCAUUGAUUUCAGUACUUAAAGGAGACUUGUAAAAAUGUGUUACCUAUUGUGUCCGUUGUUUUUUCGUUUUGGAAAUAAUUGUGCAAUCGUAAUGUGAAUAUAUACAAUAUAUAGAGCAUGUAAUGAUAUGAAUAUUUUAAUAUGUUGUAAAAUACAAAAAUUAUAAGUACGGCCAA